CCUACCACGGAUAGUCCCUCGUACGCGCGUGGCCCUCGGCGACCCGCAGGCAUAUUUGAGCUGGCUGGUUUUUAGAAGCCCGCUUGGCGCAGCAGGGUCCUCUGCGGCCCCAGGGUCAUUUUCCACAAUGUCGCUUCUCACUUUAACGGACCUGAGACUUGUUUCUUAAGGAUAAGCGAAGCGAUCUGGGGAAGCCAGGGGGCGGGCGACGCUGGGCCGGCGCCGGCUGGAGCGCCCGCAGGGGCGGGCCAGGGUUCGGGGCGCUGCCCGCGGUGACGCGCGGCCCCCGCCCGCCGCAGCGACACUGCGAUGGUUGAGCCGGGCCGUCGGACGCCGCCGCCCGAAGCCUGAUCGUGGGGAACCUUGGUGAGUGAGAAAAUGUAGCGGAGUGGCACCUGCCAAGAGCUUGGCGUGGAAACCCUGGCCCAGACGGAGCAGCUGCCCCUGGGCGUCUUUCUGGCCAUCCAGCCUCACCAUGUCAAAGAAGGGCGCAGGCAGCCGGGCCAAGGGGGACAAAGCAGAGGCACUCGCCGCAUUGCAGGCUGCCAACGAGGAGCUGCGUGCCAAGCUCACGGAUAUCCAGAUUGAGCUGCAGCAGGAGAAAAGCAAGGUCAGCAAAGUGGAGCGGGAGAAGAGCCAGGAGCUGAAGCAGGUGCGUGAACACGAGCAACGCAAACACGCGGUCCUGGUCACCGAGCUCAAGACCAAGCUGCACGAGGAGAAGAUGAAGGAGCUGCAGGCGGUGAGGGAGGCACUGUUGCGGCAGCAUGAAGCCGAGCUGCUGAGAGUCAUCAAGAUUAAGGACAAUGAGAACCAGAGGCUGCAGGCGCUGCUCAACACCCUACGGGAUGGUGCGCCCGACAAGGUGAAGACCGUGCUCCUGUGUGAGGCUAAGGAGGAGGCCAAGAAGGGGUUUGAGGUGGAGAAGGUCAAGAUGCAGCAAGAGAUCUCAGAGCUCAAGGGGGCCAAAAAGCAGGUGGAGGAGGCCCUGACGAUGGUCAUCCAGGCCGACAAGAUCAAGGCCGCCGAGAUCAGGAGCGUCUACCAUCUGCACCAAGAAGAAAUCGUCCGCAUCAAGAAGGAGUGUGAGCGUGAGAUCCGCAGGCUGAUGGAGGAGAUAAGAUUUAAAGACAGAGCAGUCUUCGUGCUGGAAAGAGAGUUAGGGGUUCAAGCCGGGCAUGCCCAGAGACUGCAGCUCCAGAAAGAGGCUCUAGAUGAGCAGCUUUCCCAGGCCAAAGAGGCUGAGCGGCACCCAGGCAGCCCCAGACGGGAACUUCCUUAUGCAAGCGGUGCAGGAGACGCCUCAGACCACUCAGGAAGCCCUGAACAGCAGUUGGAUGAAAAAGAUGCCAGGCGCUUCCAACUUAAAAUUGCGGAGUUAAGUGCCAUCAUCCGUAAACUAGAAGACCGCAACGCCUUGCUGUCUGAAGAAAGGAAUGAGCUGCUGAAGCGCUUGCGAGAAGCGGAAAGUCAGUACAAGCCGUUGCUGGAUAAAAACAAGCGGCUCACUCGGAAAAAUGAAGACUUGUCUCACACUCUGCGGCGCAUAGAAAGCAAGCUGAAAUUUGUUACGCAGGAGAACAUAGAAAUGAGGCAGAGAGCCGGAAUCAUCCGGAGACCCAGCUCCUUAAAUGACCUUGAUCAAAGUCAAGAUGAGAGAGAGAUCGACUUCCUAAAGCUCCAGAUUGUGGAGCAACAGAACCUCAUUGAUGAGCUUUCCAAGACCCUGGAGACGGCAGGCUAUGUGAAGAGUGUGUUGGAGCGUGAUAAGCUGUUGAGGUACCGGAAGCAAAGAAAGAAAAUGGCGAAGCUCCCCAAGAAGCCAGUUGUUGUGGAGACCUUCUUUGGAUAUGAUGAAGAAGCUUCCCUGGAAUCCGAUGGCUCUUCCAUUUCUUACCAAACUGACAGGACAGACCAGACCCCAUGCACCCCUGAAGAUGACCUGGAAGAGGGUAUGGCCAAGGAAGAGACGGAGCUGAGGUUCCGGCAGCUGACCAUGGAGUACCAGGCGUUGCAGCGAGCCUAUGCCUUGCUGCAGGAACAAGUCGGAGGGACCCUGGAUGCAGAGCGAGAAGUUAAGACCCGUGAGCAGCUGCAAGCAGAAAUCCAGAGAGCACAGACACGGGCGGAGGACCUGGAGAAGGCACUGGCUGAACAGGGGCAGGACAUGAAGUGGAUUGAGGAGAAGCAAGCAUUGUAUCGAAGGAAUCAAGAGCUUGUAGAAAAGAUAAAACAAAUGGAGACAGAGGAGGCCCGGCUGAAACACGAGGUCCAGGAUGCAAAGGACCAGAAUGAGCUGCUGGAAUUCAGGAUCCUGGAGCUUGAGGAGAGGGAGAGGAAGUCACCUGCCAUCAACUUCCACCAUACGCCUUUUGUGGAUGGGAAGAGCCCCCUGCAGGUGUAUUGUGAGGCCGAAGGUGUAACGGACAUCCUGGUCACAGAGCUGAUGAAGAAGCUAGAUAUCCUGGGGGAUAACGCCGUAAGUAAUCUGACCAAUGAGGAGCAAGUUGUUAUCAUUCAAGCCAGGACGGUCCUGACCUUGGCAGAAAAGUGGCUCCAGAGGAUUGAAGAGACAGAGUCAGCGCUCCAGCGGAAAAUGGUAGACCUGGAGAGCGAGAAGGAGCUGUUCAGUAAGCAAAAAGGCUACCUGGAUGAGGAGCUGGAUUACAGGAAGCAAGCGCUGGACCAAGCCCACAAGCACAUCCUGGAGCUGGAAGCCAUGUUGUAUGAUGCCCUGCAGCAGGAAGCCGGGGCCAAAGUGGCUGAGCUGCUGUCAGAAGAAGAGCGUGAGAAGCUCAAAGUGGCCGUGGAACAGUGGAAGCGCCAGGUCAUGAGCGAGCUGCGAGAGCGCGAUGCGCAGAUCCUGAGGGAGCGCAUGGAGCUGCUGCAGAUCGCGCAGCAGAGAAUAAAAGAGUUAGAAGAAAGAAUAGAAACCCAGAAGAGACAAAUAAAGGAGCUGGAAGAAAAGUUUUUAUUUUUGUUCUUGUUUUUCUCCCUAGCUUUCAUUCUCUGGUCAUAGCUGUUCUUGGCACCCUGAGCUGCCCUCUGCAAAGGUGGACCUUUGUCCUCUAACAGGACCAGAGAGCAGCAGGUACCAGAGAAAGCGUGGGAAAUCGGGUCUGGUCUCUGAAGCCUCUGGAGGGUUUGGGCUCUGUUCCCUGCCCUGUGGAGGAUGAGGGCUGAAGCACUGUGAGCUACAGCCACUGUCCACUUGGGGCGAUCCAGGACAAGAACUUAUCUUGCUGACUAGUACUUCUCUAAGAGAGGCCCAGCCUCGGCUACUGGGUCCUGGUGACCUUCAGCCCAGAGAGUAGGCCUCAUCCCAAUCACAGCGAUGUAUAAUGUUCCCUGCCAUGCAGGGGGAGAACUGCUCCUGUGCUGGAGCCCACACUGAACACCCCCCCCCUUGUUCCCAUAGUGACCAUCAGUACUCUUGAAAGAAGAUCUCAGUACUGGCCAGACUUGCCCCUAAUGGCAAGAUGAAGGCUGUGGUCUCAGUGGUGACCUACGAGGGUUCCCUGUGACACCCUGGGUGUCACACUGAAGUCACUCACUGUGGUCUUGAACACUUGCUGAUGAACAGAUCCCAUGCCCAAUCUUGUUCUGUCACAUUGGUGUCUCUGUGAGGACAGAUGAGUUACACCCCCCACCCCCCAACUGGCUUCCUCCAGACACAAAGGCUAGACCUAGCCUGGUCUGCUGGCCAGGAGCACAGUGGGAAGCUCAGAGGAGAGGCCACAGAGUGGAGGCCCCUCCUGGCCUGGAAGACCCUCAGCCGGUGAGCCUGAGAACUGCCCAUGGCAAGGGCAGGUGGUGAUGUCAACUGAAGAUGGCUUUGUCCGGAGCCUGUGUACACAAGGAGCAGGGUCCAGGAGAGAAGGUGAAGAGAAGAUGCACCCAAGGUUCCAGGAACUUCAGAAAGCAGCCACUGUACAAGGGCCUACAG